AUGAUCCCAGACUUUGUCCGCCACAUCCGCAAAGAAUCAGAUCCGCAGAGCGGACCCGCGGCGGAUUCAAACCAGAUCCACAGAGUGACGCUCUCUAACCUCCGCAGAGAUACGCUCUCUAACCUCCGCAGAGAUACGCUCUCUAACCUCCGCAGAGAUACGCUCUCUAACCUCCGCAGAGAUACGCUCUCUAACCUCCUCAGAGAUACGCUCUCUAACCUCCGCAGAGAUACGCUCUCUAACCUCCGCAGAGAUACGCUCUCUAACCUCCGCAGAGAUACGCUCUCUAACCUCCGCAGAGAUACGCUCUCUAACCUCCACAGAGAUACGCUCUCUAACCUCCGCAGAGAUACGCUCUCUAACCUCCGCAGAGAUACGCUCUCUAACCUCCGCAGAGAUACGCUCUCUAACCUCCACAGAGAUACGCUCUCUAACCUCCGCAGAGAUACGCUCUCUAACCUCCGCAGAGAUACGCUCUCUAACCUCCACAGAGAUACGCUCUCUAACCUCCGCAGAGAUACGCUCUCUAACCUCCGCAGAGAUACGCUCUCUAACCUCCGCAGAGAUACGCUCUCUAACCUCCGCAGAGAUACGCUCUCUAACCUCCACAGAGAUACGCUCUCUAACCUCCGCAGAGAUACGCUCUCUAACCUCCGCAGAGAUACGCGUGUGAUCCGCGCUGCGGACGCGCUGCGGACGCGCUGCGGACGCGCCGCGCACAAACUGACACUCGGGGUUAACUGCAUUCUCCGAAAGUCCGCUGUGAGCGCCACGUGGAACCAUCUACUGCUGCAGAAGGAGAGCCAUAAUCUACAUCUACAGCUGCAGAAGGAGAGCCAUAAUCUACACCUACUGCUGCAGAAGGAGAGCCAUAAUCUACACCUACAGCUGCAGAAGGAGAGCCAUAAUCUACACCUACUGCUGCAGAAGGAGAGCCAUAAUCUACACCUACUGCUGCAGAAGGAGAGCCAUAAUCUACACCUACAGCUGCAGAAGGAGAGCCAUAAUCUACACCUACAGCUGCAGAAGGAGAGCCAUAAUCUACACCUACAGCUGCAGAAGGAGAGCCAUAAUCUACAUCUACAGCUGCAGAAGGAGAGCCAUAAUCUACACCUACAGCUGCAGAAGGAGAGCCAUAAUCUACACCUACAGCUGCAGAAAGAGAGCCAUAAUCUACAUCUACUGCUGCAGAAGGAGAGCCAUAAUCUACACCUACAGCUGCAGAAGGAGAGCCAUAAUCUACACCUACUGCUGCAGAAGGAGAGCCAUAAUCUACACCUACUGCUGCAGAAGGAGAGCCAUAAUCUACACCUACAGCUGCAGAAGGAGAGCCAUAAUCUACACCUACUGCUGCAGAAGGAGAGCCAUAAUCUACACCUACUGCUGCAGAAGGAGAGCCAUAAUCUACACCUACUGCUGCAGAAGGAGAGCCAUAAUCUACACCUACAGCUGCAGAAGGAGAGCCAUAAUCUACACCUACUGCUGCAGAAGGAGAGCCAUAAUCUACACCUACUGCUGCAGAAGGAGAGCCAUAAUCUACACCUACAGCUGCAGAAGGAGAGCCAUAAUCUACACCUACAGCUGCAGAAGGAGAGCCAUAAUCUACACCUACAGCUGCAGAAGGAGAGCCAUAAUCUACACCUACUGCUGCAGAAGGAGAGCCAUAAUCUACACCUACAGCUGCAGAAGGAGAGCCAUAAUCUACAUCUACAGCUGCAGAAGGAGAGCCAUAACCUACAUCUACAGCUGCAGAAGGAGAGCCAUAAUCUACAUAUACAGCUGCAGAAGGAGAGCCAUAAUCUACACCUACAGCUGCAGAAGGAGAGCCAUAAUCUACACCUACAGCUGCAGAAGGAGAGCCAUAAUCUACACCUACAGCUGCAGAAGGAGAGCCAUAAUCUACACCUACUGCUGCAGAAGGAGAGCCAUAAUCUACUGCUGCAGAAGGAGAGCCAUAAUCUACACCUACUGCUGCAGAAGGAGAGCCAUAAUCUACACCUACUGCUGCAGAAGGAGAGCCAUAAUCUACUGCUGCAGAAGGAGAGCCAUAAUCUACACCUACUGCUGCAGAAGGAGAGCCAUAAUCUACACCUACUGCUGCAGAAGGAGAGCCAUAAUCUACACCUACAGCUGCAGAAGGAGAGCCAUAAUCUACACCUACUGCUGCAGAAGGAGAGCCAUAAUCUACACCUACAGCUGCAGAAGGAGAGCCAUAAUCUACACCUACAGCUGCAGAAGGAGAGCCAUAAUCUACACCUACAGCUGCAGAAGGAGAGCCAUAAUCUACACCUACAGCUGCAGAAGGAGAGCCAUAAUCUACACCUACAGCUGCAGAAGGAGAGCCAUAAUCUACAUCUACUGCUGCAGAAGGAGAGCCAUAAUCUACACCUACAGCUGCAGAAGGAGAGCCAUAAUCUACACCUACUGCUGCAGAAGGAGAGCCAUAAUCUACAUCUACUGCUGCAGAAGGAGAGCCAUAAUCUACACCUACAGCUGCAGAAGGAGAGCCAUAAUCUACACCUACAGCUGCAGAAGGAGAGCCAUAAUCUACACCUACAGCUGCAGAAGGAGAGCCAUAAUCUACACCUACAGCUGCAGAAGGAGAGCCAUAAUCUACACCUACAGCUGCAGAAGGAGAGCCAUAAUCUACACCUACAGCUGCAGAAGGAGAGCCAUAAUCUACAUCUACAGCUGCAGAAGGAGAGCCAUAAUCUACACCUACUGCUGCAGAAGGAGAGCCAUAAUCUACACCUACAGCUGCAGAAGGAGAGCCAUAAUCUACAUCUACAGCUGCAGAAGGAGAGCCAUAAUCUACACCUACUGCUGCAGAAGGAGAGCCAUAAUCUACAUCUACAGCUGCAGAAGGAGAGCCAUAAUCUACACUGCUGCUGCAGAAGGAGAGCCAUAAUCUACACCUACUGCUGCAGAAGGAGAGCCAUAAUCUACACCUACAGCUGCAGAAGGAGAGCCAUAAUCUACACUGCUGCUGCAGAAGGAGAGCCAUAA